ACCGAAAAUCAUUUUAAAACAGGUGACGACAUGCUAGAGUAGUUUGGUGACAUAUUUCCAAGAAAAAGUUGGCCAUAUAAAACCACUUCGUCAUGCUGGCAUUCGGCCUGUUACCAUAUGUUUGCCUCGCGAGGCCGCUUUCCCGUUUUCCCAGAUUUUCAGCUGUUUUUCGUCGGAAUUUUAAUGAAAGAGCAGACAUGAAAUACGAUGAAGCCGUGAGAACACUGAAUGUACUGCAGGUUGGCAAAGGGAAGCCGAAGAUUCGAGAUGCGGCUUGUUUAGUCGCGAUGCAAGACCUUCUGCAACGAGUUUCCAUUGGUCAAAAUGAUUUGAAGAAACUUAACGUUAUUCACGUCAGCGGAACAAAAGGUAAAGGAUCUACCUGCGCAUUCGUGGAAAGCAUUCUUCGUCAUCAUGGUUACAAGACAGGGUUUUUCAGUUCCCCCCAUCUAAUCGAAGUUCGUGAACGAAUCCGAAUCAAUGGUCAACCAAUUUCAAAGACUCAAUUUGCGGACUAUUUUGAGGACUUGUACAAUCGUUUUACGAAAACCGCAGGAGGCAGCGAAAUGGACUACCCAUCGUAUUUCUAUUUUUUAACUGUGAUGGCUUUUCACGUAUUCUUAUCGCACCGAGUUGACGUCGCUAUUAUGGAAGUCGGCAUUGGGGGUACAUUUGAUUGUACAAAUGUAGUACAAAGCCCUGUGAUUUGUGGCGUGACGCCGCUUGGAUAUGACCACAUGGAUUAUCUCGGAAAUACCAUAGAAUCGAUCGCUUGGCAUAAGUCUGGAAUAUUCAAACCAGGCGCCCAAGCCUUCACUUCUCCCCAGCCAUAUUCCGCUAUGCAGGUUAUGGCUCAAACCGCGCUUGACACUGAAAUAAAAAUCCAAAUUUGUCCCGAUUUGUCAUCGUAUAAAGUUCCUGACGGAAAAGAAAUUCAUCUUGGAUUGGCUGGUGAUCAUCAGAAAGUUAACGCUUCACUGGCUCUGCAAAUCUCCCAAGCGUGGAUGAGAAAAAUGAACGAAGAAAAUGAGUCUGAUGAAAGAUACGCAUACUCAUCUGAAAUCGAGGCAUUCCCUUCUCCUGCGAAACCUUUCCUGCUGAACGAGACUCAUCUCAACGCUUUGUUCGAAUGCCAGUGGGGAGGCAGAGCACAGGUUCUUAAAUUCCAAGGGCUUACUUUUUAUCUUGACGGGGCUCACACUGUAAAAAGUAUGCAAUGUUGUGCCAAAUGGUUUCAUGAGGAGGCUUUAAACGAGGAAAAACGAAUCGGCGCACAAUGCCGAAGAAUUCUUGUGUUCAAUGCUACGAGGGGGAGAGAUGCUGGAGCCUUGUUCAGAGCUUUACAGGACUGUGACAUCACACAUGCAGUAUUCACCCCUAAUAUAGCGACAUUCGUACCAACGGAUUCUGCUGAUCAAACAAAUCUGAAAUCUUCAUUAGAAAACCAACUUCUGUCCGCAGUUCGCAACCACGAGGAAUGGUUACUGGUGAAGCAAGAGCAACAAAUGAGAGAAAAACAAGUUUUAAGUGGCGGAAGUGUGGUUGCUAAUAGUUACCAAGUAAGCAGAGACUUGAAAGCUCCAGUUUUUGCAACAAUAGCCGACGCUAUAGCAUGGAUGUCAGAAGGCCGUGAUGAAAAAUUAUUUAAAACUUCGUUAGAACUCGCGUCUGCAGAGAAUUAUCAGAUACCGCUACUUAAAGAUGCAAAUCAUGUCCAAGUUUUAGUGACGGGUAGCGUACAUUUGGUCGGUGGGUUCCUCAGGAUUCUGGACCCAAACAUGAAUGGGGAUUCGUGAAUUGAGGUAGAUCACUGUGAUUCCUGCCUAUUUCUAUUUUAAUUCCUCAUGCUGACUCCUUAAUUCCUAGAUGCGGGACGUUUGAAGAUAUAAUCCUCCAUUUAAACUAGAUUGGCUCCAAACUCUUUUAGUUGCAUGAAUUUUUUAUUAUACUUUAGUUGCCAAUCUGUAUAAACUGACGUCAGAUUAAAGGAAAUUUGGACACUCAUAAUUUCUAGAAAACCUAUUUGAUAACAAAAGUUUUAAAUUAUGCAAGUUAUUUGAAUAUGCUAAGUCAACUUUAUGCUUUUGGCCUUCUAAAACCAACUCCAUAAUUCCUAGAAUACUUUUAUAUAUGCAAUCCUUCGUUCUUUUAAUAUUAGUCUCUUUUGGAUUGAAUACUUUAGACCAGGGGUUCCCAAGCUUUUUUAAGGACGACCCCAAAGACAACUUUCAAGUGUCCAGUGCAACCCCAGGUCAAUAUAUAUAUUUUUCAUGAAACUUUAGAGCUUCUUUCACUGGACUUUUGAGUUUGGUCAUGUGGUGGUAUUAAGUGAAAUAGCUAAACCAACCAGUGAUGUCACAAUAAACACCUACAUUUUCAAUAACGAAAGCAUAGAGUGAUGCCUAUGGGCCUGUUUUACAUUAAGCCCUGGUACAAACUGCUAAAUUUAACAUGGUUUGUCAAAUCUUAGAUGAGUUGUACAUCCAUCUUCUACCAUACCCCAGCGACCCCACCGACCUGGUUGCGAGUCUUGCGACCCUACCUAUUUAUUACUCCGACCCAAUUUGAGGUCGCAACCCCUGGUUUGGGAACCCCUGCUUCAGACCUUAAAAAAAUCACAGACACCCAGGUUUAAAGAAAAUUUUGAAUCCAGCUCAGAUCCUCAAGAAAGCCGAAUGCUAACCAAAUUUUAUAUACAAGCUGUUUUAUACUUGAAGUUUGAUAUUCUGGCUUCUCAGUUUGUCAAAAUAAAUUUAUACCUCUAAAAUUCAAAACAUUCGAAAAUAUAUUUAGGUAGCUCUCGACUGUUAAUUGCAUAAGCUUGUCAUGCCCUAGUUCCCAGAUUCAAACUUUCUCUAAUUGUCUACUCCGUCUUUUCCAAUGCUUCUCAGUUUGCCGCUUUUUCAAUUUGUCGGAAAUUUUGAUUUUGUCAGCCGUCCUUCAGCAAUCUUGUGUUUAAAUUUGAUUUUUAUGCCCGUGAUAAUUACGUAUUCAGAUAUGGGAUUACUUAGCUGGGCGGCAUUAUAACUGUGUUUAUUUAUCGAAUUGACUUGAACUGCUUUGUGCAAUGCAACAUCUUAAUUUUAACUUUGCUCAAAGAUGAGUCUUCUUCACUUCUGAGUGAAUGUGCCACUAUUUUCGAAUAGUUGCAGUAGCUGAGUACUUCUGAGUAAGAGAGUGUAGGUUUACCUCUACGCUCCAUGCAUUUUUAUUGGUUACUUAUAAAUACCCCAAGAGAUAGUUUACUUCUGAGUGAGUACACCACUAUAUUUUUUGAUGAUUUCAUUGGUUGCCUGUGAUGUUGCUCAUAGAUGAGUGUUCAUUACCAAUAACUCUUCGAAUAUAUAUGCCACAUUCUUCAUUAUCUAAAAAAUUCCCUUUUCAUUUUUUCAAAGAAACUUUUUAACCAUUUAUGGUUCGCGGAAUAAAAGUACUCGAAAGUGACUGGUAUUGCUGUCAAAACUGUGAUGUGGACUUAUUUAUAGUACAAUUAAAUACCUCAAUUUUUUUUAGAAUAAGGUUAUUAUUCGCUUAUGGUUUACGGAAUAAACAUACUUGAAAGUGGGGGGCAUGUGCCAGAAAAACUGAGCUGUAGACUGUCUAUUCAUAAAACAAUUAAAUACCCUAAAAAAGUUUUCUUUUAAUUACUCAUGGUUUACGGAACAAAAACAUUUCGAAGUGACUGGAAUUGUUCUGCUAAAACUUUUCAUUUUUCGUUAUAUGAAAAAAUUUAUAUUUGUUAAUUAAAUUUUAAUCGUGUGUGAUUUGCGGAAUAAGAGCACUUGAAAGUGUCUGAAA